AUGGACCAGCAUGUCAAGAAAGUAGGCAUCAAUUGCGACAUGGGAGAGGGGUUCGGAAAAUGGAAGAUGGGAGCAGAUGAUGAGCUCAUCAAGAUUGUGGACUAUGCCAAUAUCGCGUGCGGCUUCCACGCGGGGGAUCCCACCAUGAUGCUGAAGACCAUCCGACUAGCCAAGGAGCAUGGCGUCAAGAUCGGUGCCCAUCCGGGACUCCAAGACCUCUUCGGCUUCGGUCGUCGGAAGAUAGAAGUCGACCCAGAGGACAUGUACGCCAUGGUCCUGUACCAGGUGGGCGCCCUCAAGGCCAUGCUAGAUGCCGAGGGGGUUCCUCUGAACCACAUCAAGCCUCACGGGGAACUAUUCUUCUACAUGCAGCGUGACCUGGUCAUCAUGGACGCCGUGCUCCGAGCUUGCGCUGUCUUCGGCGUGCCGGUGUUCGGGUCCAAAGGUACCGAGUCUCAGGGCGCCAUGUGUGCCAAGUAUGGGUUGGUCUUUGUGGAGGAGGCGUACGUGGAUCUGCAGUAUGACAAGCACAGGAAGCUCCUACCGGCCAGGGAGAGCAAGCUCGCGACGGUGGAGGACGUCUAUCAGCGGACCAUGUCGAUCGGGCUCGAGGAUUCGGUGACGGACAACGAGGGCAACGUGUUCACGAUCGGGUUCGAUGGUCAGCCAUUUCUGUUUUGCAUUCAUUCGGAUAUGCCUACGGCUCUGGAAAAUGCCAAGGCUUGUCGAAGGGGGAUUGACGAGAUCAAUCAGAAACGAGGUUGGUAA